AUGGCCAUAAAAGUUAAGAGAAAUGUUUUCCUGUGUCCUAAAUUUCAAGCCCUUAUCAAUGUUUUUGUAAAACCUUUUCAAGAAACUCAACAAGUUUAUGUGGAAGGGCUUAAGAACAAAUCCGAUGAUGUUAUUACAAGAAUCAUCAAUGGAGAAAUAGCCACUGAGGGCCAAUUUCCAUAUCAAGUCCGUCUUAUUAUGUACGGAUCGAGCAAUUGUACUGCGAGAAGACUUCGUUGUGGUGGAAGUAUUAUAGCGAAGAAUUGGGUACUAACUGCUGGUCACUGUACAGCUCCGACUCCUGGAUUGCUGGACACAUUCUUUGUUUUUGAAGUUGAAGCUGGAUCAGUAAUCGCCGAAGAACCACGUCAGCGGAAACUUGUACUGGCAUCCAAUAGUUUCCCUCAUCCAGAAUACAAUCCAAACACUCUCGAGAAUGAUCUUGGGCUUGUGAAGAUGGAUUCUUACUUCGAUUUCAGUACACCCUAUGUCAAACCAGUACCCUUAGUUGCUGCUAAUACGGAUAAGGCCUCGUAUGUUGGGCAAAUAGUUACUGCUUCCGGUUUUGGGUAUAUUGAAAAUGAUGGCCCAGUUUCGAAUGAAUUGCGCUACACCCAACUUCAGGUGAUGGAUUUUGCUACGUGCGUGGCCCUGCCUGCGUAUUCAGGUGAUGAUUUACCAGACACGUCGUUCUGUGCUGAUGGCAUUGGUGAUCCAAAAGGUGCAACAUGUUCUGGUGAUUCCGGAGGACCUAUUACCUUAAUUAUGAAUGGGAAAACCAUACAAAUUGGUAUUGUUUCUUAUGGAAGUAACGAUGGUUGUGAUGCAGCCCCUGGAGGCUACACAAAUGUUGCUCAAUUCAUUCCUUGGAUACAGAGUGUAAUGCGUGAAAAUAAAUAUUAG